CUUUCCAAAGCAGAGCUUUUCCUGCUUUCCGGGUCGCUGUGUAAGUUUGACCGACAUCCCGCAAAUGUGGGUCAUACAGUUACUGCGGUUAUUCGAAUAUCUCGCUUCUUCUCAAGCACGCUUAUUGGUUAGAAACAUUUUCUGCCUAUGUGCAAUCAUAACCAAGUACACUUACGAUCUUCCUUACCCCUAAACUUUAUGAUCCUCUAUUUACUUAUCCACGACUAAGGGUACGUGCGUUGAGCUUGCUUGAGAUCCUGAGUUCUCGCGACAAUUGGUCUAUGCGAAGCUUCGUCAACAUUGACGAUUAUUCGAUUGCGACCAAUCACUUGGCCUACGUCAAAGACAUCAUCAUGGAGAAGGACGACCAGCCUGUGUGGUCGAAAAUUGGUUUUCGCAUAGUGUUAAAUGUUGUCACUCAUCCCCUAGAUUAUGCCAAAACUUUAAUUCAAAUUGGAUAUGAACCAAUUGACCCUAGACAAACUACUUCAAUUUUCGGUAAACCUGUGCUUGGCCUACCAAAUAUUUUUCAGUACGUGAGCUACAUCAAAAGUGUUGAUGGAUUAACUGGUUGCUAUCGUGGUUUGGCUCCUAGGCUAUGUGCUAAUGCUAUUUAUGCCAUAGCUUAUGAUAAGGCAGUCAGUUCAGUAGAGUUUGAAGACGAACCAGAUGACAGUGUACCUAUCGAUGAGUUAGAAGAUCAUAAAAGGGACAAGAAGUAUGUACAAGACUUUUUUAGAACAUUAAUAGGAAGAACUGUUGCAAUUGUUUGCAGUCAUCCAUUGGAAGUGGUAACUGUAAGAAUGAUGGCACAGUUUGUAGGUGGUGAAACAAAAUAUGACUCAAUAAUUGGAUCUUUUGGAGAAAUUUACAAAGAAAAUGGCAUCUCAGGAUUUUUUGCUGGUCUAGUUCCCAAACUUGUCGCUAGUUUUACUACUCUAGUUAUAGUCAACACUUCAACGUAUGUGCUCAAUAAAUAUUUCAUUCAUGACAGAGAAUUACGAGGUUUUAUGAAUGCUACAGUGACAUUUUUGGCAUCUACAUUUACCUAUCCGUUCUUAGUGGUUUCACAAUGUAUGGCGGUAAACAAAUGCGGAUUAACGGCAGGUGAACUGCCAAUGAUGCCAGUUUAUGCUGAUUGGACAGACUGUUGGAAACAUCUGUCUCGCAGUAAUCAAUUGAAAAGAGGUAGUAGUUUAUUUUUCCGGUAUUACACUGGACCGCAAGUCAUAAUUAAUGGAAGACCAGUAGUCGAUAAAUCAAAUCGAUUCUUCAAGAAAAUUGAUUAGAAGAAACUAUAACUACAACAAAAUUAAUUGAUUGUGCACUGCCCUAAGUGUGUUGUUUUAUAAAUUUUUCUUGGCACCUGUAGAUUGUGCCUGACUUUAAAAAUCAAUGCAUUUAACCGUAAUAGAUGGAUGAGUGUAUAAUUUCUGUUACAGAUGUGAAUUAUUACUAAUGAUAUUACAAAUACAUUGCAAGUUGUUGACGUUUACGACAAGUUUUUAUCUCGUUAGAAACGAGUGAUAUUUCUUAACUGUUGAUUUUCCUUCUUCUUUGAAUUUUUAUUCAUGUAAAUAAGUGAUGAAAUAAUCUAUAAGAUCGAUAUAUAAAUAUAUUCUAAAUUUUA